AUGGGCUCCGGGGUGUCGCUGCAGUCCUCGGGAAGGAGCCCAGACCCUGAUGCUGGAGGAGUGCCUGGGAUGCCCCCAGAAACUUCACGUCAGAACCUGCAGCCGGCAGAACUCACAGCCCGCAGCCCCGCUGGGAGGUUCAAAAUCUUUAGUCGACACCAUCAAGAGAACAAAGCCGGAGUCCCAGGAAGGAGCAGGGCGGAGGAGUUUGCCGGCAAGUUUCUCGGGUUUGGCCGGCUAGGAGCCCGAGUAGAGGCGGCGUCGGAUCAGCACUUUGGACAGCGCUCUCCCCCCACCGCGCUCGCCUUUGUUCUCACAGGCUCGAGUGUGCGUUUGCACCGGGUCGCGGCCGCUGGAUUCCACGCUGCGAGCAGCGGCUCCAAACCCAAGGCUCCGACCCGCAAGUCCCGGCUUGUGACAGCUGCCAGUCAGAAGGCCACCAACUUCUGGCCCCAGGCACCUGACAGAAUCCAGCCCAAGGAGGCCUCUGCUCAGAACCUGCUUCCGAUCCCCAAGACAAUGCAGCCAGCCGGGCACGCAGAGUUCAUGGUGGGCACCAACCUCUCACAGGACAGCGGCACCCAGCCCAACACCACCUUCCCCCAGCCGCUGUGGCCACUCUACCUGCUGCUACCGGCCGUGUACUCGGUGAUCUGCGUUGUGGGGAUGGCGGGCAACACAGCAGUCAUCUACGUGAUCCUGAGGGCUCCCAAGACGAAGACUGUGACCAGUGUGCUUAUCCUGAACUUGGCCAUUGCAGAUGGGCUCUUCGUGCUGGUGCUGCCCGCCAACAUCGCCGAGCACGUGCUACAGCACUGGCCCUUUGGGGAGUUGCUCUGCAAGCUGGUGCUGGCCAUUGACCACUGCAACAUCUUCUCCAGCAUCUACUUCCUGGCCCUGAUGAGUGUGGACCGCUACCUGGUGGUGCUGGCCACUGUGCAGUCCCGCCGCGUGCCCCAGCGCACCCCCCGGGGGGCAAAGGUCGCCAGCAUGUGUGUCUGGGUGGCUGUCUCCAUCAUGGUUCUGCCCUUCUUCUCCUUCGCCAGCGUCUACAGCAACGAGCUGCAGGUGCCCAGCUGUGGCCUGAGUUUCCCCAGGCCUGAGCGGGCCUGGUUCCAGGCCAGCCGCAUCUACACCUUGGUGCUGGGCUUCCUGGUGCCUGUGGGCACCAUCUGCGGGCUGUACCUGGACCUGCUGCGCAGGCUGCGGGCCGUGAGGCUCCGCCCCAGCACCAAGGCUCUGGGCAAGGCCAAGCGGAAAGUGACUGUGUUGGUCCUCACUGUGCUGGCAGUGUGCCUCCUCUGCUGGACACCCUUCCACCUGGCCUCCGUGGUGGCCCUGACCACAGACAUGCCCCAGACAUCCCUGGUCAUCAGCAUCUCUUAUGCCAUCACCAGCCUCAGCUAUGCCAACUCAUGCCUUAACCCCUUCCUGUAUGCCUUCCUGGACCACAACUUCCGCAAGGAUUUCCGCUCCACGCUCCUAUGCCGAGGGCCCUGA